AUGAACAGAUUGAACUCAUGGAAGUGCACUCCCGCACUGUCACGGUGCAGAAUGGCUGUUUCUCAGACUGGCCAGUCUCCUCUUGUCCACAGUCUAGCCAAGCUCCUCCGAAAUGACGGUGACUUGGUGUUGGAGGGCAGCAGCACCCUGACCCUCCCGGCCUGCACCCUACAACAGCUCACGCGUCUCUUUGAGCAGUAUUUACUGUCGCGCAGUCAGCAGCAUGGCUUCCUGGCUCUGCCCUCUCACCCUGCGGACACCUGCUCCCUGCUGCAGCUGCAGUUCCUCUUCGAUGUGCUGCAGAAGACGCUGUCUCUCAAGAUCAUAAACCCGCCUGAUACAAGGCUGCAGUCAGUGGUUAAGAUUUUCCCCUUCAAAUCCUUAAAGAUAUUAGAGAUCAAGCGAAUCCCACCACAUUGCCUGGAAGGUCUGCGUGGGGUCUACUCCCAGUUGGAAGUCUUUAUUUGCUCCAAAAGCGUUAGUUCCCUUGAGGAGCUACUGUCUCUGUGUGGGGGAGACUUGAGCUCUGCGCUGCCCUGGCUCGAGCUGCACACACUCAACUUCAGCUACAACUGCAUCGUUUGCCUCGACCAGUCACUAAGUUUACUAAACGUUCUCAAAAACCUGGAUUUAAGCCACAACAAGAUUCAAGACUGCGCAGAGUUCCUCAAGCCUCUGAGCGACCUGGAGCACCUGAACCUGGGCUACAACUGCCUGCAGAUGGCACCACAGCUCGGCUUAAGUGCCCGGGCCAAACUCCUCACCCUCAUCCUCCGGAACAACGAGCUGGAGUCUGUAAACGGCGUGGAGCAGUUAUUCGCCUUGGAACAUUUAGACUUGGCUUAUAAUUUACUUUUAGAGCAUUCCCAGCUCGCUCCGAUUUCAAUGCUCCACUGCUUACACACGCUCAAUCUUGAGGGGAAUCCACUGUUUUAUCAGAAAACACAUCGGACUUGCACUGUCAGACAUAUGUCGCCUAAAGCCGCCAAUUUAAAAUUCAAACUGGAUGGUGUCAAGUUGUCUUCGUCGGAGUUAUCAGUUUUACCAAAGUGCAGUCCCAUGAUGGUCCAGAACCUGUCGUCUCAGUCUGUGGCCCGUGAGUGCAGCCAGCAGGACGGCUCCAGUGGUCCGGGAGAGCUCACCGACAGCGUGUCAGUGGGAGAGGUGGCCACGGCAAAUAUUCGGCGCGGCAGGAAAUCCAAAAGUAAAGUGCGAGUGCGGAGAGCCAGCAUCUCUGAGCCCAGCGACACGGACUACGACACCAAACCAGUGCCUGCACAAAAAAUAGUCCUUCCACACCAGGAGGAGAUCGAGCGCAUGUCCAGCUUCAGAGAGCAGUUGGGUGAAGACUGGCUCCGCUACCAACACCACCUGUACCAAGAGGCUCCACCCACCAUCAUCGCCGCCGCCGUCGUUUCUACAAAGCAGCAAAACCUCUCCAACGGCUUCAGCCCCUCGCCUCUUCGGCCGGCACCACCUGAGGAGCUGUCGCCACCUCCGCUGUGCCCCGGGCUGGAGGAAGACGAAGAGCUGGAUACAGAGUCCACACUGCAGACCCAGUCGCUGUGCACGGUGGAGUACAGUCCCAGAGAAACCAAAGAAGAGGCCUCCAACAGCAAGAAAAGUUCUCACCCCAGAGAGGAAGAGGAGGAUGAGGAAGAUUUAGGAGUGGACCUGUGUCACCCUCUGCUGGUGGGCGUGCUGUCUGAUGAUGAUUAUGAUGAGGAGGAGGAGGGAGUAAGGAGGAAGAGCAGGCAGGUGUUUGUGCGCCUCAAGAGGGCUCUGCUACUGGAGGUGGACCUGCACACGGGACAGGAGCGCUGCAGACUGGAGCUGGACUCUCUCACCAGAGUUGACACCUCAGAGGCCAGCUGGACACAGGAUUCUGCAAAGCUCCCGGCUGUGGACCUCCAGUUUGACUACAUCAGCAAGGACAAGCAGAGGCGGCGGUACGUCCUGCUCGACGACCACCCCCAGGAGGCGCUGCAGGCUCUGACUGAGGUUCUCCGCGGGGUGCUGGAACAGAACCGUCGCCUCACCGCAGGGCUGGGUCAUGUGCGGCUGCAGUGUCUGCGUUGCGGCCUGGACUUCUCCACCGACCAGGAUCCAGGGGCCCGAGGCAGAAGGCGGCUGAACUCUGCAGUGGCGCUGGGGCAAAGUGGAGAGGAGGAGGAGGAGGAGAAAGAGAAAGAGAAAGAAAAAGAAAAAGAAGAGGCAGUGGAGGAAGAGGACAGCACAGAUGCGACAGGCCAGAGAGCGUGUCCAGAAUGUGGCAGUGACCGCGUGGUGCAGCUGGCCGACCACCCCGCCCCCUACAGCAGCACGCCCAUCAAUGAGCCCCCCAGACCAGGCGCUGACCACUACCACGGGAGCCCCGAUCGUGGAAGUCCCAACUCUGUCCUUGAUGAGAAGGAGGUCAUGCCUGACUCCAGCCUCCACUUGAACGGAACAGACGUUACAGAUGAGCCAACCUCCACCUUCAUGACUGCAGCGAGCUCCUUCUACAUCGGAGGGAGUCCAGAGGAGCAGUGUAGCCCCUCAAACGCCACAGAGAGCAAAGAGGGGCUGGCUGGGAGCUAUCGAUACACCCACACUCAGGCUAUGGAGGCAGAGCUGUCGCUGUGCUUCUCAGGGAGGACUUCUCCAGAAGAUGAGUUGGACCUGGGCUCUGAAGACUUUGAUGUGGUGGAUCAUAGGCUCAAGCUCUACUUGGAUGUGGAGGUUUUUGAGGAGGAAGAGGAGCUACAUUCGUUUUUAAAGAUGUCUUCUGUCAAAUUCGGAGAGCCAGGGGAAGUGCCGACUCUGCUGGUGGUGUCCAACCUGAGAAUAUACUUCUUAGAAAUGACUUCUGACGCACACAGGGGUCAGCUGUGUGACUGGCUGAUAAAACGGGACAGUCAGCCCAUACUCGAGCUGAGCUACCUGGAGGUGGGGCUGGGCUCCCAGUGCAUCCACUUGGAGUUUGGAGAGGGGCUGGCGGCCUACACCCUACUGGUCCGGGACAGUGCUCGCUGUAAGAGCUUCUUUGGACGCCUCACAGGAAUCGUGCGGGAGAUGGCCCACAAAUCGGACAGCAAGCUGCAGUCCAUCUCCACCACCCGUCUGAGCCCCCAGCACCACCUCUGGCCACUGCUGUGUGAGGACAUCCAGGACCAGGAGGAGGAGGGAGGCCAGCUGCACUUCUUCUACAUCCUGGCUUUUGUCCUGCAAGAGGAAUUCUGGACUCCACUGACCAUCCUCGCCACCAGGGAAACUCUUUACCUUCUCAGAGAGGACCACCAAUGGAGGAAAAGCGCUGCAGACCCCACGACCAAUGGGAGCGUAGAACACAGCAGUGGAGGUGUGACCGUGUUGGAGAUUCGGCCAAUCAGCUGCGUGAGCUUCAUGAUGCUCCCGCCCACAGACUCGUGCAGGGUGGACAUCAGGCUUUAUGACGAGGAGCGGAACAAAGGUUCCAUGAUCCAGCGACGCACAAAUAUACACAACAAUGGAUAA